AUGGCGUCCGUACAUUUAUUACUUCCGACGCUUCCACUCCGUACACUUGCAUCUACCUCCUCCGCCUCCUCUUACUCUGCUGCUCCUUUGCUUCACUGCUCCAUUCCGACAAGGCUUUCCUUUUAUUCCUCACAAAGAAGAACUACAUGUCCCAAACUCCGCUAUUUUCGUCAAUUCACCGUUACGUGCGGCACCGCCAUCACAGAGAUCAACGAGACACAGUUUAACGACACUGUUUUGAAGGCUAACCGUCCCGUUCUCGUUGAGUUCGUCGCUAACUGGUGCGGUCCUUGCCGUUUGAUCUCUCUCACUAUGGAAUCCCUAGCUCAGGAAUAUGAAGACAGAUUAACAGUGACGAAGGUUGAUCAUGAUGCGAACCCUAGGCUAAUCGAAGAGUGCAAAGUUUAUGAGCUACCAACAUUGAUCCACUUCAAGAAUGGACAGGAAGUUCCAGAAAGCAGAAGAGAAGGUGCAAUCACCAAAGUUAAACUCAAAGACUAUGUGGAUGCUUUAUUGGAAUCAAUCUCAGUUUCGUAGAGAUGAGUCGAAAUUCUGUUUCCCUCUCGGUUUGCUGGAUUUUUACAUUCUUGAGUCAACUGUAUAACAUA